GUUGUCGGCAAUGGCAUUGACCAUCGCAGACUUCCUCAAAGCAUCUUCGACGGAAGCGUCUGCCCAUGCCGGCGUAUCGUCCGAUAUUGGGCUGACCGUGUCUGGCUUGACGCAUCAACAAAAGCUUCCAACCCAAACUCCGUUCUUGUCGCUUACGUGGAGCAAGAAAGGCAAGAAGUGUGUCAUCACCGAGCAAACGCUCGUGGACAUUCUGUCGGUUUACGGGCCCGUCAAACAGGUGAUUAUGGGAACAGGGUCUCGAAAGACUGCCAUCGUCGAGUUUGAACAAGUUCAAGACGCACAGGUCGCAAAGAAAUCGCUUGACGACAAUGGCGCCGUGUUUCAUGGCAAGAAAUUCCACGUCGAAGCGGCAAUGUUGCGCAAAGCAUUCGAGGACGAGUGCAGCUUCAACAGAGUCCCCAACUACGACACUAGCCGUCGCCAGGUCGACCCGGCGACGUUUGUUCCAGGCUUGCUAGUGUACUAUGACUUUAUCACUCCAGAGCAAGAGACUCUGCUCUUGGCGGAACUGGACAAAGGCGAAUGGAAGCACGACGUGCGCGCGCGCCAAGUCCAACAUUUUGGUUACGUGUUCAACUACAAGACUCAAAAGUGCGAUGCCUCAACACCGCUGGAGAACAUGCCGCCCUUUUGCCGCAGUCUCAUCGACGCCAUGCCAUCGACGUUUGACGGAACCCCUGACCAAAUCACAGCCAACGAAUACCUUCCUGGACAAGGCAUCUCAGCACACAUUGACACGCACUCUGCUUUCACGGGCUCCAUCGGGACCCUGAGUCUUGGCCACGCGAGCGUGAUGGAGUUUCGCCACCCCGACGACGGUCGUUGCGAAACGUUUUUGCUCGAACCGCGAGCAUUGUACAUUAUGACGGGCGCAUCUCGAUACCAAUGGACGCACUGUGUCCAUCCUCGGCAGUUCGACGUUGUGGACGGCGCAAAGGUUCCUCGGCAGCGCCGGGUCUCUGUUACGUUUCGAAAGCUCCAGACCACGCCAUGCAAAUGUGCUUUCCGCGACCAAUGCGACUCCCAACUCUACGACGAGGCUAUACUCUCGCCCGAGAAAAUGUUUCCCACCGAGAUCGAGCAGCGCUUUGUCCAUGACUUUUAUGAAACCAUCGCCGACCAUUUCAGCAGCACGAGGCACUCUCCGUGGCCCCGGGUCGAGACGUUUGUGCGCGGGCUGCCUGUGGGUACCCUCGUCGCUGACAUCGGAUGCGGCAACGGCAAGUACAUGAAAUGCGUCGGUGUGCCGAGCGGAUGUGUCGGUGGCGAUCGCAGCGAAAGUCUCGUGAAAAUUUGCAAAACGCAAGACUUGAACGUGACGGUGCUUGAUGCGUUGGUCGUGCCGCUGCGAUCUGAUGCAUUUGAUGUCGCGCUAUCGAUUGCAGUCCUGCACCACUUGAGCACCCUGGCCCAUCGACUCCAAGCGGUGAAAGAACUUCUGCGCGUGCUUCGUGUAGGCGGCCAAGGGCUCAUCUAUGCAUGGGCUCAAGAACAAACUCAGGACUCGCGGCGCUCGUUUGACUCGCAUAAGCAAGACUGCAUGGUCCCAUGGAAUUUGGACAAGCGAUUCGCAAAGUUCGACGCCGAGUCGGGUGAGCCUCUUGUUGUGCAACGAUAUUGCCACAUGUUCAAAGAGGGCGAGUUGGACGCGCUCGUGCGGAUGUGCGGCAAUGCCGUCGUGAACGAGUCUUACUACGAUCAGGACAAUUGGGCGAUUUUGUUCACAAAACAAGCUUAACCCAAAGUACUGCACUGGGAACUGGAGUCCAGGUGCACUGCAGCAUUCCCCAUCCAUCAAAGUGGCAAGCAUUCCAUGCUGAGGAUGGAGCACAGGCAUCGUCGCCAUCGAUACCGGCAUAUUGAACAACGCAUGUGCAUUCCUCCGUCGACGGCACAUCGAUACAACGUUUACAGAAAACGCGAAAACUAGGCGAAAAUACAGCGAAUUUCUCGGAGUUGCUGUUCG